AUGGAAGGCGACCAAAAAAAGCCUAGAAGGCUUCGAGUCUUCAGAGAAAUGACUGAAGGGCGAGCACUUCAAGAGCCUUUACCCCAAAUCAUUGGAAAUCCUAUUGGUAUUCCAGGUACCCAAAAUGUUGGUAAAUAUAUGUUCAUAAAGAAUUAUGAAAUUAGGCCAAUCCAACCCAUCCCUCAAGACUUUAGAGUUCUUGAGGAUGAAUCUUCCAAAUUUUGUGAAAAUACUUUUCACGAUACAAUCUUCGACCAAGAACAGCUAGCUUUCAGCCAUUCCAGUGGCAGUGCAACUCAAAGCCCAAUGAUCACUGUGAGCACUGAAGAAAGCAGCAGAGAAAGUUCUGAUGAUCACAGAAGAAAACCAAAAAAAAGGCCUCUCGAUGAAGAAGAAAUGUCGCUCUACAUUGUCAAUGUUGAAGCUGUAGAACGUGGGGAAGAUAUUCGAACUACGAUAAUGAUAAAAAACAUUCCGAACAAAUAUACUCAGAAAAUGCUGCUUCAAACAAUUGAUAAAAAGUUUGUGGGAACUUAUGAUUUUUUUUAUCUACCGAUUGAUUUUAAGGUAAAAUUUAUGCAGAAUAAGUGCAACGUAGGAUAUGCAUUUAUUGAUUUCAUUGAUUAUAGAUAUAUUCCAGCCUUCUACUUAGAGUUCGAAGGCAAAAAAUGGGAAAGGUUUAACUCAGAUAAAAUCUGCUCAUUAGCAUAUGGAAGAAUCCAAGGACGACAAGCCUUGAUUCAGCAUUUCCAAAGUUCAUCUGUUAUGAAUCAAGAGGACACAAAGGUGAAACCAUUGAUUUUACCUUUCAAAAACCCAAACAUGGGCUAA